AUGGCCGACAUCCCCAAGUUCAAUGACCUCGCAGUCGAAAGACAUGGAAAUAUCUUCGUGUUGACCAUGCAGAAACCUCCAGAGAACCGGCUGAACUCACAAUUCUGCCAAGAGAUGAUCCGCGCAUAUCGAACAGUUGAAAGGCUUCUUGGUCCUGACUCUGAGGGUGCGGUGAUCACGCGAGGCAACGACGCUAAAUUCUGGUGUACUGGUUUGGAACUUGACGAGUCAGAUACGAAUCCUUUCGCUAAUUCUGACGGGUUUUAUCCGUUGAUCCACACCAUACUCGACUUCCCUUACCCAACCAUCGCCCUACUGACCGGCCACACCUUUGGCGGCGCUUGUCCACUUGCGUUGGCUCAUGACUAUCGAGUGAUGAACUCGCAACGUGGAUUCAUCUGCAUGCCGCCUGUCAACCUUGGACUGCACUUUGAUGGCAUUGGCUCUCUUCCAAGACUCAAAUUGCGGCCGCAGAUUGCACGGAAGAUGCUUCUCGAGGCCCACAGGUGGACCGGAUCGGAGGCCAUGGCUGAUGGGAUUGUUGACGCGGUUGCCGAGCCAGAGAAAAUGCUCGAUGUUGCUCUGGAACUCGGCCAGAAAGUGGCCCCCAAAGCGAAGAUGGGAGUCUAUGCUCUUCUACGACAGGAACUCUGGGGAGAUGCUGUCAAGAAGUUUCAGCAAAUCAGCUAUGUGCAUAGUCGGAUGACCAGUGCACCCGCAAAGGCGAAAAUCUGA